UGCUGUCCCCUCUUCUCUCAUUUCCUACCUCCCAUCAUCUCUCUUCAAUCCCACACCACGAAACCUGCUUCACCACGCUGAUACAGACUCAAAUAAGUCAGACUCGUAGGCUAGACGAAAGACAAGAACAGAGAGAAAAGAGUUGAAUCACGCCAGACUUCCACAAUGGUCGCAACAACCUACAAGCUUCCUCCGCUACCCUACCCUUACGAUGCCCUCGAGCCAAGCAUCUCCAAGCAGAUCAUGGAGCUUCAUCACGACAAGCACCACCAGACGUACGUCACCAACUUGAACAAGGCACUCGAGGCCUCCGCAGCCGCAACCGCCGCAGGCAAGUUUCACGACGCAGCUGCCCAGUUCUCCGCCAUCCGCUUCAACGGCGGCGGCCACAUCAACCACUCUCUAUUCUGGGAGGGUCUGUCCCCCGCGUCGUCCCCCAACGCACAGCCCUCGGCAGCACCGAAGCUCCUGGCUGCGAUCAAUAACACCUGGGGCAGCCUAGACCAGUUCAAGUCCACCUUUGGCACGGCUCUGCUGGGUAUCCAGGGGAGUGGAUGGGGUUGGUUGGUGAAGGAGCCCGGGACGAACCAGUUGCGUAUCGUGACUCUCGCGAACCAGGAGGCUGUUGUCCAGGGGGAUACCCCGCUCAUUGGCGUCGAUAUGUGGGAGCAUGCGUAUUAUUUACAGUAUCUGAAUGGCAAGGCGGCGUACGUGGAGAAUAUCUGGAAGGUCAUUAAUUGGAAGACGGCGGAGGCAAGGUUCACGGAGAGUCGGGAGGAUGCUUUCAAGGUGCUUAAGGCGAAUAUUUAAUAAAGGAGCUUUUGGAGCACGUUAGUUGGGGGGUUUUAUCAAGUAGGUACUACUAGCAGGACGGCAUGGCGAGGCUAUGGCAGAAUGAAGAUUGUCAUGCAGUGAAAUUAGUUUAGGACCACGGGUAACAGGGGUAUUGGUGUUACUCUCAAAAGGAAAUGAUUAUCUCGUGUUGAAAAGAAAUGGCAGGCCAAGACUAAAUGUGUGAGACUGUGAGAACUGGAAAAACAGCGAUGAAUUGCUUCUUAUAACCAUUAGAUGUCUAAUACGCCCGCGAGAUCGAUCGAAGUGUCACAAAUGGGAGAAACAUGGCCAGUUUCAAAAGAAG